UCGACGCUCUACUUCGGCUGCCGCGCGCGCGACCAGGACUGGCUCUACCGCGCGGAGAUGCAGGCACACGCGGCGCGCGGCUGCAACCUGCGGCUCGCGUGCUCGCGCGAGACGGCGAAGAAGGUCUACGUCCAGAGCCUCAUGCGCGACGACGCCGUGGCCCUCGCGAAGAUCCUCGCGACGACGGACGGCCGCGUCUACGUCUGCGGCGACGGCAACAACAUGGCCAAGGACGUCCACGCGGCGCUCGCGCACGCGCUCGUCGCCGCAAAGGCCGCGCCGGACGAGGCCGCGGCCCUCAAGGCCCUCGGCGACCUCAAGGAGCAGGGCCGUUACCUCCUCGACAUCUGGUCC